AUACUAUCAAGUGAAGCACAAUGUGUUAAACUUGAUGAAGAAAUUGAUCUAAAAUACAAGAUUAUUUCAAGCAGCUACGGUACUUUGAGGCUUGGCCUUCAAAAAUCCACAAUUACACUGGUUCCCGAUCAUUUCUAUGAAAAUACUCCUCCUGCAACAACGAAUGGAGAACUCUUCAAUUGGCUUGUUUAUUCCAUGGAAAUGGGUCAACCGUUACGAAAAGCAUCCUACUGGACGCUGGUCAGUGAUCUGCAAAAUCUUCUGAUGCACGGAGAAAUAUCGCGAAGAUUUCUUCGAAGCGAGAAAUGCAUGAAAUAUUAUCGGGGUAUAGUUGAACCAAUGCAAGGAAUGAAUCUGAAUUAUCGCGUAAUCUCAGGCGAUCAUCUGGAAUAUGAUACUGCACAAUCAUACCAGAUUGCAUUUCAUCUUGAAUUGGAAAUCACGGGGCUGAAUAUGUUCAAUAUGUUGGCUGCUUUAACGAACGAAACGGAAUGUGAUUGUUUGGAAUUCUAUAUUAGCAAAUGGAAAGCUAUUUUAGAGGAAUGGUUCGAUGCUAUAAAUCUCAAGAAUUGUGAAAUCCGAGCACAACCGUUUUGCAUAAGUUACCAUAUCCCAUUGCAUCGACACAUUGCAGCAGCUGUUUUACGUGUUAUUGAAGUCCCGGCUCUAGCCCCAUCGCUGAAGAUUUUGAUCGAAGAUGAGAUUUUCCUACGCAAAGCUCUCCUCUAUCCACUUAGAAUACAGGUAUGUCGGGCAGAAACUUUGGCCGGUAUGUGGACAAGGAAUGGAAAUUCCAUUCGAAAUCAGGCAUUUUAUUAUGUCCAGACCAGUUACAUUGCUGCAUUUUUGGACUGUGAUAUCACAUUGAUAAGGUUUAUAGCUUCAUUUAUUGAUACGGAGUGGUUUAUGGAAGCUCUGUGCGCAGCUUUUUAUAUGGACGAUUGUUGGUUGCUUUUUGAAUUAGCACCACCAGAUUUCAUGUCAAAUUCAAACACGAUUCGUAUAAUUACACGAAUCGAAUGGGUCGAUUUCAUGGUCGAUGGCUUAAUGAGAUUAUUAUUGGAUAUAUUGGUUGUACGAUGGAAUGCGCCUGACAAGACGAUAGCGAAUAUUGAAAGAGAAAUUAUAGCUGCGCUUGCUGUAGCUGACCUGACACACUCAAAAUUGCGAGCUUUAAUUCCCGAAAAAGGAAGUCGACCAUCCGUUGAUGAUAAAACAUUUGACAAAAUUUUGGAAAAGGUGGCAACAUAUUGUGAGCCGGAUCAGGGCAGCCAAAUUGAACAGGGAUUGUACACGUUAACAACGGCAACGUGGCGACAUCAUUUUGACCCGGCAUUUUGCAGAAUGCGUGCAACGACAGCACUGCACUGGACAAAACUGUUUCCGGAUCUGUACCAGCAGUCGAAUCCAGUGGAUACAGUUCUUUCAGUGUUCACUUGUCCUGAUGAUCUUUCGGUUGGAAACGGGGCGAAUGGCGAAGCACUAACAGAUUGCAUAUUGAAACAGAUGGAUAUGGAUUCGGACGAGCUGAAUUGCAUAUCAGGCUUCGCUAUCGAUUACAUUGGACGUCUUCUGUGCUUACUUCACCAAAACUGCGAGAGUGUGCGUGAUGCGUUGAAACAGUUGAUAGAUCAGCAUCGAAUUCAGUUGCAAGAAACGUCAGGCGAGCCAAGCAGGAAGCAAGAAGUCGAUUCUCCAAUGAAAUCGGCUCGACGAUCCGCAGCAAAACGCCAUCAGGAAGUGAUUAAUUUUUGUAAUUUUUGA